GGAAUCCGGUGAAGCUGCCAGUCUCGGCAACUGGGUGGAGCAGCACGGAAACCGGGACGUGUGCGCGGCACAACUCCUGGUGUGGGAGGCGGCAAUUGUGAAGUGUUGGGAAGGCUCCUAAUGUGACAUUGGGUGUCGCGGUCGUGGAGUAAUUAUGAUUGAUUGUAUCUGCCUCCCUUCUCUAUCUCUGCCACACCCACCCCCCCGCCGCCCCACUUUCCUGUCCCCGGUCCAUAUUGCAACCCCCACCUCUCUCCCGCAGACAUGUGACACCGAUGACACGGACGACAUCGAGAUAGCGAUUGACAAUGCCGCCUUCAUGGACGAUUUCUUCGGACAGAUCGGUGAGAUUCGUGUGAGCAUCGAGAAGAUCACGUCCAACGUGGAGGACGUUAAGAAGAUUCACAGCAUCAUCCUGUCCGCCCCCAUGGCCGACGAAAAGACAAAGGACGAGCUGGAGCAGCUGACGGCCAGCAUCAAGAAGGAGGCCAACGCAGUCCGCUCGAAACUGAAGGGUAUCGAACAGAACAUCGAGCGAGAUGAGGUAACGUCGUCUGCCGAUAUGAGAAUCCGCAAGUCACAGCACUCGGUGCUGUCGCGGAAGUUCGUGGAGGUGAUGACCCGUUACAAUGAGGCGCAGGUCGAUUUCCGGGAGCGCAGCAAGGGCCGUAUCCAGCGGCAGCUGGAGAUCACUGGGAAGGUGACAACGGACGAAGAGCUGGAGGAAAUGCUGGAGAGUGGAAACCCGGCCAUCUUCACCUCGGGGAUCAUCGAGUCUCAGAUCUCGAAGCAGGCGCUGAGUGAGAUCGAGUCCCGUCACCGUGACAUCGUGCGUCUGGAGAGCAGUAUCCGCGAGUUGCAUGACAUGUUCACCGACAUUGCCAUGCUGGUGGAGAAUCAGGUACGGCCUGGGGCGGGGAUCCCUCCGGCUGAGGGACGGGGGGGCGGGGAUCCCUCCGGCUGA